GGGUUGUGCAAGGCGAUAGUGUAUUGUGUGUUGUUGUGGUGGUCUUUGUUGGAAGAGACGGGUGCCUCGAGGGAAUUUAUCUCGAGGCUACCCCUAACCCUGAAUUAAUCGACAAGCCGUCUUACCAUUCGAUUCAUCUGAACUGCCAGCCAACUUCCGAAUCCAUCACUUACGGAGUACAUACAUACUUACCUCUCCAUCCCAGCCACCAUUCAUCCAUCCAUAUCCAAGCUCGAGCCAAGAUAGCUGCAGCUUGCAAGAGAAUGUCUUCCUACAACCCUCCCGCACCGUACCCAGUCCUUGUCCACUCCUACCUUCCCUCCAUCUCCUCAUCGGCCCAUCAGUCCCCGGAGCAGCAGCGCCCUAUACAGACCUACGAACACCUGCCAGCCGAUGCCAUUAGCAACAGCAAUUGGAACACCCUACCACGCGCAGAGAAUGCGCUGAUAUUCGUAGGCGGCCUGGGCGACGGGCCGCACACAAUCCCCUACGUGCGCACGCUCGCAACCCACCUCUUCGGCUCGGCGUUACUGCCGCUGUCGUCCCGUUACUCCGUUUUCGAAGCGCGGCUGUCAAGCGCCUUCUCAGCAUUUGGGCACGCCUCGCUCGCCCAGGACGCCCGUGAGCUGGCCGACUUGGUGCGCUACCUGCGCGUGACGCUCGGGAAGAAGAAGGUAGUCAUCAUGGGCCAUUCCACCGGCUGUCAGGACUGCAUGGAGUAUGCGACGCGGUUCUUGGCUGAGUUUCGGGGCGAUGCCGAGGAGGAGAUGAAGGCCUCGGUGAGGGUGGAUGGGCUGAUCCUGCAGGGCCCCGUGUCCGAUCGCCAGGCUAUUGCCAUGGCCGAGGACCCCGCCGAGGUCAAGGCUUGUCUAGAGACGGCGGAGGAAAUGGUCAGGCAGGGACGGGCCACCGAUGUGAUACCGACGGAAAAGAUGCCGGCUGGGUGGAAAAAGGUGCCGAUGACGGCGUACCGAUGGAUCUCCCUUGCUGGGGUCGGGUGAGGGCUUUGUGUUAUUCUUGAUGUCGGUUUUGGAGGCGGUAUUGCUGAUAACUGACGGUCUGACCAGGGGCGACGAUGAUUACUUCUCUUCGGACCUGUCAGAUGAGAAGGUCGAAGCCAUCUGGGGCAAGCUAAGCCAGCCGGUGCUGAUCUUGCCGUCAGAGAAGGAUGAAUGGGUGCCCAAGGAUAUUGACGUCGCCGGGCUCGUGGACCGAUGGAAGCGCUUCUGCAAACCUGGCAUUGCCAGCGACCUCAGCGGCCCGAUCCCUGGAGCGAACCAUCGCGUCGAGGAUGCCACCGCGCAACAGUGGCUUUCAAGACGGGUAGCAGCUUUUCUGGGCGGAGUUAAUAAGAGGCAACUUGCAUCAUAUGGUUUCUGAAUUUUGAUCACGUCAAGGGAGGUGCUUCGUUAUCCG